AUGAAUUGGAACAAUGAAAAUGUUAUUAAAUUUAUCGAGGCAUAUAAAGAAAAGCAAGUACUAUGGAACCCCAGCCACAAAAGCUAUUACAACAGGAAUCUGAAGCAGGAGGCCUGGGAUGAACUCUCCGUCGAAAUGGAGUGUCCAGUUGGCGAAUUGAAGAAAAAGAUGGAUUAUUUGUUGGCAGCCCUUCGCCGUGAAAAAGCAAAAAUCACUAUAACCAGCACAACAGGAAAAGGCCAAGACCGCGCUUCGAAGGAUAAUACAUCUGAAAAUGAGGAAAAUGACCACAUAGGUGAAGAUCAUGAUCAGUCACAAGAUAAACAACCCCGUUCCACCGCGAGCACUGAAUCGGACCAAACAACUGAUAAUGCAAAGAAUUCUUCAAAAUCGUAA